AUGGAAGAUCUCAAUGCGGUGCGAGCUGAUCUUCUGCAUAAGGUGCAGAGAGCAGAGGAAGGAGGUCUACAAAGGCUUCAUCAAAUCAAGGUAUGGCUUAAGAGAGUAGAGACUAUGGAAUCCCAAUACAAUGAACUAGAUGGUACUAGAACCGUUGAACUUCAAAGGUUGUGUUUUUACGGCGCUAGCUCGAAUAACUUAAGGUUGAGUUAUCGCUACGGAAAAAAGGUUUUCUUGAUGUUGAAUACGGUUGAAGACUUAAAAUCUAAAGGGAUUUUUGAAGAGGUGGCUCAUCCAGCUACGAGAGCUGUGGGCGAGGAAAGACCGCUACAACCGACGAUUGUUGGUCAAGAAACAAUUCUCGAAAAGGCGUGGAACCACCUCAUGGAUGAUGGAACUAAGAUAAUGGGUCUUUAUGGUAUGGGUGGAGUAGGGAAAACAACUCUUCUCACACAGAUCAACAAUAAGUUUGUUGAUUUGUGUGACAAAAAUGAUGGGGUUGAGAUUGUCCUUUGGGUUGUGGUUUCUGGUGAUCUACAAAUCCACAAGAUACAAGAAGAGAUUGGGAAAAGGAUAGGAUACAAAGGUGUGGAAUGGAAUCGGAACACAAGAAACCAGAAGGCGGUUGACAUACUCAAUCUUCUAAGCAAGAAGAGAUUUGUGUUGCUUCUUGAUGACAUAUGGAGGAAAGUAGAUUUAACCGAGAUUGGAAUCCCCAAUCCAACGAGCGAAAACGGAUGCAAAAUAGUAUUCACCACACGCUCUCAAGAGGUAUGUGCGAGUAUGGGAGUUCAUGAUCCAGUGGAAGUCAGAUGUUUAGGUACAAAUGAUGCUUGGGACUUGUUCAAGAAAAAAGUUGGAAAUUUUACACUAGAAAGCCAUCCGGACAUUCCAAAACUCGCGAGAAAAGUCGCUGGAGCUUGUCGUGGCUUGCCGCUAGCGCUAAACGUCAUUGGAGAGACAAUGGCAUGCAAGAAGACGACACAAGAAUGGAACCAUGCGGUUGAUGUUUUGAAAACAUAUGCUGCUGAUUUUAGUGAUGUGAAAGAGAAGAUACUUCCGAUCUUGAAGUAUAGCUACGAUAAUCUUGAAAGCGAUUGUGUCAAAUCUUGUUUCCAAUAUUGUUCUCUGUUUUCUGAAGAUACUCCAAUAGACAAAGACCGGCUAAUCGAUUAUUGGAUAUGCGAGGGAUUCAUCGAUGAAUAUGAAAGUAAAAAAGAAGCUGUGAACCAAGGCUAUGCGAUACUCGGUACACUUGUGCGUGCCUCUCUAUUGUUGGAAGGAGGAAAGUACAACAAUAAGUCAUUUGUGAAAAUGCAUGAUGUGGUUCGCGAGAUGGCAUUGUGGAUAUCAUCUGAUCUUGGGAAGCAUAAAGGGAAUUAUAUCGUACGAGCCGGUGUUGGUUUAAACGAACUACCAAAGGUCAAGGAUUGGAAAGUUGUGAAGAGGAUGUCAUUAGUGAAUAACAGGAUUGAAGAAAUACAUGGAAGCCAUGAGUGUCCUAAGCUUAAAACUCUGUUCCUUCAAGAUAAUCGCCAUUUGGUAAGUAUCUCUGGAGAAUUCUUCCGGUCUAUGCCAAGAUUAGUUGUUUUGGAUCUAUCAUGGAAUGUCAAUCUCAGUGGAUUGCCAGAGCAAAUCUCUGAGUUGGUUUCUUUGCGAUAUCUUGACUUGUCGGAAUCAAACAUAUGGCGAUUACCGGUUGGUUUACAAAAGCUGAAAAAGCUAAUGCAUCUGAAUUUAGAGUCUAUGUUGAACCUUGAGAGUGUUUCAGGGAUAUCGAAUCUGUCGAGUUUGAAGACAUUGAGACUACAAAACUUCAGAAUGUGGCUAACUACAAGCUUAUUGGAGGAGCUGGAACGUUUGGAACAUUUAGAAGUUCUAACCAUAGAGAUCACUUCAAGUUCAGCAUUGAAACAACUGUUAUGCUCUCACAAGCUGGUGAGAUGUAUUCAAAAGGUAGCUAUUAAGUACCUCGACGAAGAAUCAGUCGAGAUUUUGACUUUACCAGCUAUAAGUAAUCUCCAUGAAGUCUACAUAGGAGGAUGUGGAAUCCGAGAGAUACUAAUAGAGAGGAACACAAGUCUAACAAGUCCAUGUUUUCCUUACUUAUCCAAAGUUUUAAUAACCGGUUGCGACGGUCUUAAGGAUUUGACAUGGCUCUUGUUCGCUCCUAACCUCACUCAUCUCAAUGUUUGGAGCUCAAGCCAAGUCGAAGAAAUAAUAAGCAAAGAGAAAGCUUCCAUGAUUUUGAUAGGGAAUGAGGCAGAUGCUGUUCCUUUUCGGAAACUGGAGUAUAUACACUUGUGGGAUUUACCUGAACUGAAGAGUAUCUACUGGAGUGCUCUGCCUUUUCCAUGCCUGAACCAGAUCAAUGUACAGAACAAUUGUCAAAAGUUGAGGAAACUUCCAUUGGAUUCUCAAAGUUGCAAUGCAGGUGAAGAACUUGUUAUCGAAUACGGAGAUGAAGAAUGGAAAGAAAAGGUUGAAUGGGAAGAUGAAGCAACAAGAGUCCGUUUCUUACCUUCUUGCAAGUUGGUUUUGUAUAAUCUAUAA